AUGGUGGGAACCCGCGGGUGGCUGCUGCAGACGGUGGACACCGAGUACACGGCGGACUCGGUGGAGUGGUGCCCACUGGAAGGCUGCAGACACUUGCUGGCGUGCGGCACUUACCACCUGCGGAAGCCAGCGGACAAGCCCCGGGACCCGGAGAGCAAGAGCGGAGCUGAGUUGGACGGGGAGCCGCCCGUCCGUGUAGGCCGUCUUUACCUGUAUAGUCUCCGGGAGGACAGCCCUGCUUCCCCGCUGCUUGAAGUCCAAAGGAGAGACAUGGCCGCAGUCUUGGACAUGAAAUGGUGCCACACCCCAGUGGCCGGCCACACCCUCUUGGGCUUGGCAGAUGCUGGUGGAUCCGUGCAGUUGUUCACAUUGGUGGCCUCCGAGAACGCCCACGCACUGCAGCCGCUCUCCAGCCUCGCUCUGGGGGAACAGUGUCUGGCCUUGUCCCUGGACUGGUCCACUGGGAAGACUGGCAGGGCCAGUGGCCAGCCUGUGAAAAUCAUCAGCAGUGAUUCCCAGGGGCAGCUCCACCUGCUGGCGGUGAACAAGGAAAGGCCAGGGCUGCAGGCAGUGGACACGUGGCAGGCCCACCACUUCGAGGCCUGGAUUGCGGCUUUCAACUACUGGCAGACAGAGACUGUGUACUCAGGGGGCGACGAUGGUCUCUUGAGGGGCUGGGACACCAGGAGACCACACCACACACCUGUGUUCACCAGCGAGAGGCACUCCAUGGGUGUGUGUAGCAUCCACAGCAGUCCCCACCGGGAGCACAUCCUGGCCACAGGAAGCUACGACGAACACGUCCUGCUUUGGGAUGCACGCUGCAUGCAGCAGCCAUUUGCGGACACACCGGUGCAGGGUGGUGUGUGGAGGCUGAAGUGGCACCCUUCCCACCCCCACCUGCUGCUGGCAGCCUGCAUGUACGGUGGCUUCAAGGUUCUCAACUGCCAGAAGGCCAUGGAGGAGAAGCAGGGCACAUGCACAGUCUUGGCGUCCCAUGUUCCACAAAACUCGCUGACCUAUGGAGCUGACUGGUCCUGGCUAUCACUGCAUACGCCAGCCCCGGCCCCUUCGGCAUCCUUCCACCACAGCGACACGGGAGCCAGGCCGGCCGAUUUGCUGCACAGCCUGAAGGCCCCAGGCACAUCAGUGGUCACCUCGCCAUAUCACGUGGGGGAUGAUGAUGGAGAGGGCCUUGUCUCCCAGACCAAGUCCCCACUCAUCACAGACGAGGAGAGGAAGGGUGCCAGCCGACCGCACAUCCCAGUGGGGAAGCCUUGUGACCGUGACCCCACCCUGGAAGGGACAAACUUGGACACCAACCUCCUAGCCACAUGCUUGUUUUAUGACCAUGCACUUCACCUUUGGAGGUGGGAGGUGAGCUGA